AUGCAAAGACUGCUUGGGAAGAUUUCUGGGUUGUUGAGCAAUCGAACUAAGGUGGGAGUGGACAAAGCAGGAAACAAAUAUUUCACUAGAAAUGAAGAGGUUGAUGGUGUCAAGCCUCUUAUAGGAUUUCGUGAAACUUUAAACAAGGUUGAGACUGAACUUGUUUUAGAAAUGAAAGAGAAAAGAUGGGUGAUAUUUAAGGGAGAGGAGGAUCCUACCUCUAUUCCAGUUGAAUGGAUAUGUUGGUUGAAUGGGCAGCGUAAAAAGGCUCCGACUCCAGAGGAAAUGAUGGAAUUGGAAGCAAGACGUGAACGAGUCAGACAGAAUGUUGCUCUUCUCAAGAAAGAGGAACAAGAAAGGAUAGCCAAAGAAGGAAGUAAAGGCAAACGUGUUAGCCCUGGAAAAGCCAGUGGUCCAGACUUGAAAAGUUUUAUUCAACAAUUUCCAGUUCCUUCAGAAGGUAAUGACGUGGAAGAAUCAACUAGUAAUAUGGGUGGCUUAAGGAAUCCUCAAGAGAGUUUAGCUGAAAAAACAAAAGAUGAGUCGGAGUCUUCGGAGCCAACUGGAUCUGGUGCAUCUUUUAGACCAGAAUUCUUGUGUUCUCAGGUUGCAUGGGGGAAUGUUAGGUUGGGAAUGAUAACUUCCUCUACUCCUUAUCGUCAGGUGGAGCAAAUGAGAUUGACUGAGUUUAUCACGGAUAAACCUCUUAAGUUUAGUGGUAGUGCAGGACCAGAUACAGUAGAGAAGUCGAUGCGAGAAACAGGGCAUAAGGAGAAGGAUUGUGAUCAGAGGAAGACAGUUACCAUAGCUUCAAGAGCUGCAUCUUCUAGAUCGAAAUGGAGUGAUGCAAAGCCUUGGGCAAUUGACAAAGUUUUUGUGUUGAGUUAA